AUGAGUUCAACGACGUCUUCUUCCUCGGGCUCUUGCACCACCCGCGUCUCCACCCCGCCUUCCUCCGCGCCCGAGCUCGAAACCAACGACUCAAGGUCACUUCCACCCGAGCCACUACGCCUAGAGCUUUUCAGCAAAUUCGCCGUGAGGCCCAUCACGAUCCGUAACUCACGCGGCGCCGAAUUCCACGUACCGCGCCAGCUCCUCGCAGAAGCAUCGCCGCUGAUGGAGAAUUGGACGGCCCCUUCGCCCGGGCGCAAAGACCCGGUGUCCAUCAUAGAAUUGCCGACGGGCGAAAUGGUCGAGACGUUGCUCCGCCUGUGUCACCCCCUCGCGCCCGCGCCGCACUUCCCCACCCUCGACGCGAUGAAGGGUGCCCUCACUCUCGGCUGGGAGUACGAGCUGCGCGGGGGCGCGCGCGAUCGUGUGGCACGGGCGCUUGAGCCGUGGCUCGAGACGGAGCCCGUGCGGCUGUACGUGUUUGCGGUGGAGGAGGACAAGCUGGAGUUGAUGGCGGUGGCAGCGAGGGCGAGCCUGCGCCUCGCAGGCACACUGGCCGACCACGAGGAGCUCGACGCUAUCAGCACGCGUGCCUACCGCCGUCUCCUCACCUACCGCGGGGCGUGCGCUGCCAAGAUGGCCGAUAUUGCAUCCUACGGGGCCGUGGACGACCGGAAAUGGGACAGUGGAAUGGAGGAUGCCCUCAAGGAAGCCGGGCGGUGCAGCUCAAAGGGUGACGAGCGAUGCGGAACGCGCGCGUGGAAGGACCUGCCGGGUUUCCUGGAGGAGCUCGCAAGCGAGGUGGACCGGCGGAUCUCGGAGCUGCGCUUCCCUGGUAUCGGUUUUGUGGGCUAUCCUGACUGUAUCGGGGAAGGAGACCAUCCGCAACGGAACCGCUCGAUGCGGAUGGCUUGA